AUGGAAAAGCUACAUUUCCUCGAGGGUAGCUUUAUGGCCAAGCUGAUAGUUCUCCUUGCUAUGACCCUUCGUUUUGUGUUGGCGAGGAAUCGGUUUUGGGCCCUAUGGAACGGAGUCGGAGUUUUAACGAGCGGCCUAAAUAUCAAAGCCGUGAAGCUCGCACAAGACAACCUCUUGGGUGUGGACCACGUCGCCAGCUUUGUACGGGUUCAGCCACCUCACAGUAUUGUUUUCACGCACGGCGACAUAGCCUCUAGCAAUAUUCUCAUUCAUGGGGAUUCAAAUGGUUGCGAUGUUGGAUUGGCAAAUGGCAGGAUUCUACCCGGAAUACUGGGAGGUGCUGUGGACAAGGGUCGUGCAGCCCCUGGCCACUUGAACCAUGCCGUUCUUCUGCAUCUACAACAGAUCGUUCAAGUCGCGCAACAUAUUCCAUUGUCUGUUCGUUCAUCGGUGAGAAAGUUCAAUUUCCAGACGAAUUUCACAUCUACUCCCAAAGUCCAAUCCCCUUUGCUUUUACGUUGCCAUUUUGUUGUUGCCUACGGGACGCAUGUCGAUUCACAUAUGGGGAAAAUGGGGGAUAGGCACGUUCAGUCACCGGCAAUAGAAGCCGUGGCCAGACCGGAAAUACGGAAAGUUGUUGUCAUGUCGAAUUUGCACUCAUUCCUUAGUUACCGGCAUCUUCGACCCAGUAAAGCCAAAAGACAUUCACCUGAUACCAAUGCUACUACAUUCGUGGAGACUCCCGCGUUCUUAAUGGGACACAGCGGGGGAGGCGCGGAAUGUCUCUACUACGUCCUCAACUCGUCUGUGGAACUUCCUCCCAUUCGCGCGAGUUCUGGCAUUUGCGCCCCUUUAUUGCUCUUCACUCCAGCACCCGUCCGUGGAACACAUCGCAAUUUUUCCUGGGCAGGCUGGAGCGGAGGAAGGAUCCUCUGUGUCCUGAUAUGGGGACACUGGACGGAUUGGGAGGACCAAUAUGGCGCAGGUCAUGGCUCUGCGGACGAGGUUGAUUGUUACGAAGCCAGCCGUUGCUUUGUGGAGCGACUCAAGUUGGAUGAAAAGACUUUUUAA